UCAGCAGAGAGAUUCACUUCCUGGAGAGUGUUUGUGCUGCUGCUGGAUUAUUUUCCUGCGUGUGUUUGUGUGUUUGCUCGUUCUUAAAUCUCGUGUUGUUGUUAUUGUUGAUGAUGGUUUACGGCUGCUGUCCGAACUGACUGCUGUCGGCUGUGGAAUGGAGUCUCCCGCGGUGGACGAUGACAUCUGUAUCCUGAAGCAUGAGGCGUACGGGCCGCCCGAGAGCCCGGUGUGUGUGUGUGCCGGAGACGAGUCUGUGGCGUCGCACUUCGCUCUCGUCACGGCGUACGAGGACAUCAAGAAGAGGCUGAGAGACACGGAGCGAGAGAACGGGCUCCUGAGGAGGAGAGUCAAACAGCUGGAGGACAAGCACUUCCGGCCCGAAGCGCCGCCGUCGGAAGGGCCUCAGUACAUGAACCAGGCGUUCAGCGCGUACCGCGGCAUCUACAUCGAGAAGGAGGACCUGCAGAUGGAGCUGCGCAAGCUGAAGAAGGAGAGAGUGGAUGUGGAGCGUGUUCUGGCGGAGCAGCUUCAGGCCCGAGAACUGGAGAUCCUGCAACUCAAGUCCGAGAUGGAGACCAGCCAAGUGAUGAGGAGUCUGACGGAGACAGCGGAUCACUGGCAGGACACACACAGCAGUGCGAUGCAGAUCCAGUCUCUGCAGGAGCAUCUGGAGCGCGUUCAGCUGGAGAAUAACUCUCUCCACGAGCUCUGCCGGGCCGGUCAGAAUUCCUCUGAAAAGUGUGUAGAUCAUGAUGAUCAGUCCCAUGAAAUAAUGACAGACUUCAGGACGAUGGCCAUCUCUCAGUCGUACCAGGACGUCCUCAGAGAAGUGUCGCGCCUGCACUCGGUCGUGCGCUCUCAGGCGGAGCUGGUGAGGAGGCUGAGGGAGAGGCCGGUGCUCAGGAGAGCCGCUUCCACUGUUCCAGUGCAGUGUCUGGACGACGUGGAGAAGAACCUCGACCCGACGCCUCGUCCUCCCAGCGCUCCUCCUCUUCCCUCGAGCUCACAGGACCUGAAGGAGAACAGCCUGACGGACCCGCUCUCGAUCCCGCGACCCGCUCCGCUGGGAAGCCCCGGUGUUCGGAUCAAUCCCGCGCUGCGGAUGAGCUCGCUGGACGACAGCUCCUGGUCCUUCCCCAGUCCUCCCAGACCCAGCGAUGCGCUCUUCUGGGACCCGUCCAAGGCCAAAACCCAGGCCAGCGAUUGGACACAACCAUACUGAGUCACAGUCACC